UAAUGACUCCUUUCCAAAUUUAGAAAGAAAAGCUUACGCAACGAAACCAGAAAAACAGAGAUAGAAAAACAACAGAAAGAGCUAACCAUACUGUCAUACUUGAUGAUAACGCCUACCAUUAUUUAGCCCCUUUUAGCUUUUACACUAGCUAGGCACAGAAAUAUAACUUCCACAAUUCACCCCCACCCACCCAUUCAACCACUUUCUCCCUCAUGGCUCAUCUUACACCACCGCAUCCGCCUCUAUCCUCCACCGCUAACAGUCACUUUACGCUUGAAUCUGACGACAUAUCUUCUCUUUUACACAAUCUCCUCCACAAUACAUCCCGACCCUCCACCAGUAACCACCCGCAACCACCACCACUGCCUGAGGACCACGGUCAAUUCCCUGGAUCCACGGUUUUUUCUGAAUCGCCCGCGUUGCUUGACCCGGGUUUUCCUUUUUCGGGUGGUUAUUAUAGCUCUGGACUUCCGAUGGAGGGGAUCGACGAUGCAGAUUGCCAAAGUGAGCAGGAGGAAGCGCGUGGGAAGUCAGCUUCGGGUAAGAGCUCAUCGAAGCGUAGCAGAGCGGCUGAGGUCCAUAACAUGUCUGAAAAGAGAAGACGGCAGAGGAUUAACGAAAAAAUGAAAGCACUGCAGAAAUUAAUUCCCAACUCCAAUAAGACUGAUAAGGCUUCAAUGUUGGAUGAAGCGAUCGAAUAUUUAAAACAGCUUCAGCUACAAGUUCAAAUGUUAACCAUGAGAAAUGGUUCAAGUUCGCAUCCCUUUUACUUACCAGGAGCAGUGCAGCUUCCAUCUGCAGGAGCAGUAGGUGAGGCCAACAGCAGUAGAGCAGGCUCCUUCGCUACAGAUCAAGAGUCUCCCACGCAAGCCAUGUUUAAUCUUUCUAGCAAACCUGCCUUUUCCGACUACAAGCUCUUAAUGUCCAAAAUGUCAGAGAGUAAUAGUUCAGCUCAUGCAUUUGUAUCAGAACCGCCCAUGACUGCACAUUAUAGGCCUUUCAAUGCCUCUAAGGUACUAUGCAAGGAUCCUAUGUUACCUCAGCUACAGUUGGACAUGAGUCACUGUGGUCAGAGUUCAUCAUCAGGUAUCUCGUCUUGAGUAUGAAGAUAAUGUUGUUCUAAAUUCUGUAUAAUUCUACAGAUAACUCGCAUUCAUGCAGAUGCCAUACAAACUGUAGAAUAAGUAAUUUGUUCUAACAUUAUUUAUCAUCAUACAUUCCAACUACUCAAAACUCAAUGUUUUUACCAGUUUGUUUCCUUUUUCAAAGCCAACAUGCUCAAGCCUUCAUAAACCUUUGAGCGGAUCAUUGUUUAUACCACACGGGCUGUUUGGUAUACUACAUUCACAUAGCCUUGUAGUUGAUGAUUUGUUGAGACUUGAGAGAUAAUACAUCUCAAACUUCAUAUGUUGACAUACUCAUUUUGCAACUCUA